AUGGGCGAUCCGAGCGAUCUCCGCUUUGUACCCUCCUCUUGCGCCACCACCCCCAUCGACUGGACCAAAGUCCCCGAAGCAUCAAAAAAGUUCCUCCUCGCAGGCUGGACCUACUACUCGUAUGAGUCGGACUCCGAGGGGUCAGGCUCACUACCCGCGACCAUCGGCGACCUUGCAAAGAUGCUCGACGGUUCCAAGUUUUUUGGCUACAUGACACAUUCAAUUUCCACGCUCCUUUCUGACAUCAGCGAGUUUGGGCUUGCUGAACACUGCUCUACCAAAUCCAUUGGUCUUCCAGUAGGCCCGCGCUUCUACAUGAAGUUCCUGGACCAGAUUGGGUUCGUCCUUUUCGUGCCGGGGUACAGGGAUGGGAUCAUCGGCUACAGCCCAGACAUACCAUACACUGAUGACUGGAAUGAAGACGCGGGGAUUGCGCGUGACAAAGCACUGGCUGAGGACUAUGACGCGAAGCUCUGUAAGGAGGUUUGGUUCGUCCUCUUCACGCCAGGGUCCAGGCAUGCGAUCAGCGGCUACAGCCCAAAAAUUCCACAUGGUAAGGACUCGUUUGAAGCCACGGGGAUUGCGCCUGACAAAGCGGCAUUGGCUGAGGAUUACGACGCGAAGCUCUGCGAAGAGAUUGAUGUCAUUUGA